UCACCGAGCCCUUCCCUCCGAUCCAGUGCGUCCCCGGGUCCCCCAGGGGCUGCGACCGCUCCGGCCAUGGCCCCCCGGCGCCGCGCCAGCCCAGGGGUCGCUGUCGCCAGCUGCUGGCUCCUCACCGUUCUUCUAGGCUUCUGCCUAUCAUUCAAUGUGGAUGUGAAAAACUCAAUGACUUUCAGUGGCCCGGUGGAGGACAUGUUUGGAUAUACUGUUCAACAAUAUGAAAAUGAAGAAGGAAAAUGGGUGCUUAUUGGUUCUCCUUUAGUUGGCCAACCCAAGAACAGAACUGGAGAUGUCUAUAAGUGUCCAGUUGGGAGAGGUGAAUCAUUACCUUGCAUAAAGUUGGAUCUACCAGUUACUACAUCAAUUCCCAAUGUCACAGAAGUAAAGGAGAACAUGACAUUUGGAUCAACUUUAGUCACCAACCCAAAAGGAGGGUUUCUGGCAUGUGGGCCCUUAUAUGCCUACAGAUGUGGACACUUGCAUUACACAACUGGAAUCUGUUCUGAUGUCAGUCCUACAUUUCAAGUCCUGAACUCAAUUGCUCCAGUACAAGAAUGUAGCACUCAGCUGGACAUAGUCAUAGUGCUGGAUGGUUCCAACAGUAUCUACCCCUGGGAAAGUGUUACCGCUUUUUUAAAUGACCUCCUUAAAAGAAUGGAUAUUGGUCCUAAACAGACACAGGUUGGAAUUGUACAGUAUGGAGAAAAUGUAACCCACGAGUUCAACCUCAAUAAGUAUUCAUCAACAGAAGAGGUGCUUGUUGCAGCAAACAAAAUAGUCCAGAGAGGUGGCCGCCAGACCAUGACAGCCCUUGGAAUAGACACAGCAAGGAAGGAGGCUUUCACUGAAGCCCGGGGCGCCCGAAGAGGGGUUAAAAAAGUCAUGGUAAUUGUGACUGAUGGUGAGUCCCAUGACAACCACCGACUGAAUAAGGUCAUCCAGGACUGUGAGGAUGAAAGCAUUCAGCGGUUUUCCAUAGCUAUUCUUGGCAGCUAUAACCGAGGAAAUUUAAGCACUGAAAAAUUUGUGGAGGAAAUAAAAUCAAUUGCAAGUGAACCCACAGAAAAACAUUUCUUCAAUGUCUCUGAUGAAUUGGCGCUGGUUACUAUUGUUGAAGCUCUGGGAGAAAGAAUCUUUGCCCUGGAAGCUACAGCUGACCAGUCGGCAGCUUCUUUUGAGAUGGAAAUGUCUCAGAUGGGCUUCAGCGCUCAUUAUUCACAGGACUGGGUCAUGCUCGGAGCAGUAGGAGCCUAUGAUUGGAAUGGAACAGUCGUCAUGCAGAAGGCUAAUCAAAUCAAAAUUCCCCCAAACAAGACCUUUAAUGUCGAGUCUACCAAAAAGAAUGAACCUCUUGCUUCUUAUUUAGGUUACACAGUAAACUCUGCCACUGUUCCUGAGGAUGUGAUUUACAUUGCGGGACAGCCACGGUACAAUCACACAGGCCAGGUGGUCAUCUACAGGAUGGAGAAUGGGGGCAUCAGGAUUCUCCAGGCACUCAGUGGGGAACAGAUUGGGUCCUACUUUGGCAGCGUUUUAACGACAGUUGACAUUGAUAAAGAUUCUAACACGGACAUUCUUCUGGUCGGGGCUCCCAUGUUCAUGGGUACAGAGAAGGAGGAACAAGGAAAAGUGUACGUCUACGCCCUGAAUCAGACAAGGUUUGAAUAUCAAAUGAGCCUGGAACCCAUUAAGCAGACUUGUUGUUCAUCUCUGAAGCACAAUUCAUGCACAAAGGAAAACAAAAAUGAGCCAUGUGGGGCUCGUUUUGGAACAGCUAUUGCUGCUGUGAAAGACCUCAAUCUUGAUGGAUUUAACGACGUUGUGAUAGGAGCGCCCCUGGAAGAUGAUCACGGGGGAGCUGUGUACAUUUAUCACGGCAGCGGCAAGACUCUAAAGGAAGAGUAUGCACAACGUAUUCCAUCAGGGGGAGAUGGUGAGACACUGAAAUUUUUUGGCCAGUCUAUCCACGGAGAAAUGGAUUUAAAUGGUGACGGCCUGACUGAUGUCACUAUUGGGGGCCUUGGUGGUGCUGCCCUCUUCUGGUCCCGGGACGUGGCUGUAGUCAAAGUGACCAUGAAUUUUGAACCCAAUAAAGUGAAUAUUCAGAAGAAAAACUGCCAUAUGGAGGGGAAGGAAACAGUAUGCAUAAAUGCCACCGUAUGUUUUGAUGUGAAAUUGAAGUCCAAAGAAGACAUGGUUUACGAAGCUGAUAUGCAGUACCGUGUUACACUAGAUUCUCUAAGGCAGAUAUCACGGAGUUUUUUCUCUGGAACUCAAGAGAGAAAGAUUCAAAGAAACAUCACAGUUCGAGAAUCAGAAUGCACUAAGCAUUCCUUCUACAUGUUGGACAAGCAUGACUUUCGGGACUCUGUGAGAAUAACUGUGGAUUUUAAUCUUACUGAUCCAGAAAAUGGACCUGUUCUUGAUGAUUCUCUACCAAAUUCAGUACAUGAAUAUAUUCCCUUUGCCAAAGAUUGUGGCAACAAGGAAAAAUGUAUCUCGGACCUCGCCCUGAACGUAUCCACCACAGAAGAUGGCCUGCUUAUUGUCAGGUCCCACAAUGAUAAGUUCAAUGUUAGCCUCACAGUCAAAAAUAAGAAGGACAGUGCCUACAACACCAGAACCAUAGUGAAUUAUUCUCCAAAUCUGAUUUUUUCAGGAAUUGAGGAUAUCCAGAAAGACAGUUGUGAAUCCAAUCAUAACAUCACAUGUAAAGUUGGAUACCCUUUCCUGAGAAAAGGAGAAGUGGUAACAUUCAAAAUAUUAUUUCAGUUUAACACAUCUUAUCUCAUGGAAAAUGUGGUCAUUCAUUUAAGUGCAACAAGUGACAGUGAAGAGCCGCCUGAAGCCCUUUUUGAUAAUGAAGUAAACAUUUCUGUUCCCGUGAAAUAUGAAGCUGGGCUACAGUUUUACAGCUCUGCAAGUGAAUACCAUAUUUCAAUUGCGGCAAAUGAAACAGUUCCUGAAGUUAUUAGUUCUACCGAGGACAUUGGAAAUGAAAUUAAUAUCUUCUACUUGAUUAGAAAAAGUGGGCAGUUUCCAAUGCCCAAACUUAAGCUGUCAAUUUCAUUCCCCAACAUGACAUCAGAUGGUUUUCCGGUAUUGUACCUGAGUGGAUGGUCAUCUUCUGAUAAUGCACACUGCAGACCCAGUAGCCUUCAGGAUCCCUUCGGUAUCAACUCUGGGAAUAAGAUGACUAUAUCCAAAGAUCUUAAACGAGGCACCAUGCAGGACUGCAGAACAUGUAAAUUUGCUACCAUCACGUGUAAUCUGAUUCCUUCUGACAUGAACCAAGUGAAUGUUUCGCUUAUCUUAUGGAAACCAACUUUUAUAAAAGUACAUUUUUCCACCUUAAAUCUUACUAUAAGGGCAGAACUUGAAAGUGAAAAUACAUCACUAGUUUUAAGUGCUGGUAAUCAAAAAAGAGAGCUUGCUAUUCAAGUAUCCAAAGAUGGGCUGCCUGGCAGAGUACCAUUAUGGGUUAUCCUGUUGAGUGCUUUUGCUGGAUUGUUGCUAUUAAUGCUGCUCAUAUUAGUACUGUGGAAGAUUGGAUUCUUCAAAAGACCACUAAAGAAGAAAAUGGAGAAGUGAAAUAUUUUAGAAGAGAAAAAUUAACAAUUAUUCAAUGAUCCUUCCUCAGGUUUGCCUCAAAUAUGUGACAAGAAAUUUAUAAUAACAGUUAAAGACAUAGUCACAUAACUUUAUGUAAUCCAUCAGGGAUUAAUACCUUAGAAAGUGACAGAUCGAGCAAGAUCCAAAACAAUACCUUUAAGAUAUAUUUUAUAAAAUGUUGAAAAGUAUUUUUAAAUAAUUACUCAUUUUUGUUGAGUAUUUAAGCAAAAUUACAGUGUUUUGAAGAUGAAAAGUAACCUGUACAAAUAUGUUUAUAUAUUAAAUCAUCAUUCAAAGUAUUUAAGGAAUACAUAAAAUAUUUUAUAAUCAUUGAAAUAUUUACUUUGAAAAACAAUAUAAAUUAAGGUUUUUUUCAUUGAUUCCUGAUGGAUAUCCACAUUCAGCAUGAUAGUCAACAUUUGUAAAUGCCAAGAAAGGAAUUACCUGAAAAAGAUCACUUCCCCCUAUUUAAAUGACAAAAAGUUCCCUGGUGGAGUCUGUCUACAAUAUGGACUGAAAAUAGAAUUAAAUCACUGCGAAUACAUUCAGCAUCUUUGUGUUGGGUUCUGCGCUUGGAAAGUUUUCUUUCCAAAGUACUUGGAAAACAGUGUAAUUGAGCUGAAAUUCUGUCUAGGAUAGAAAUUCAAGAUAGACUUGUUUGAAAGCAAGUGCACUGUAUCGAUUAAUUUAAGCUUUUACAGAACAUGCUUAAUUUUGAUAUUGAACUCUAAAACUCAAAAACUCUUUUAUACUGAAAAAGCACAACAAUUUUUUAUGGUGUAGCAGUGAUUGUCACAAAAAAUUGCUUUGUCUGUGGACUGUGUUAAAAUGGUUUCUUAAUGGAGUAUGGCAAUGUAGAUGUGUGCCAUCGAAAUGCUGGUCAUCUUUGCUGGGCAGCUUUUAACAUGAGGGGUCCCAGGAUGUAACCAAAAGUAGGAGUUGGCUCAAUUCCUUGGUACAUGGUUCAUUCAAACCCUCAAGCUGUGAGAGUAUGUUUUAUUUUUAAUAUUUUUACAGGUAUUUAAUUUUCCAAACAUAGUUCUUCUUUUUAUAAAAAGGCAGUAUUCCAUUUUAGUAUUGCAUUUUACCAAUAAGCCACUAAUUUUUGAGUGUGGCAUAUCAGUAUUUAAAUAGAUCUCCAAAAAUGUAUUUUAAAGAAUUUCAGGUUUGAAAACCUGGCCCCAACAGAAAGACAUCACACCUUUUUAUGAGCGUCUUUGUUCUUGAAGUAAUCAUUAUGGUGCCUUGGGCUCUACUGUAGCUUAAGCUCCUUGGUUUCUCAAUUUCCUGGGGUUGGGGGGGCGGUGGAUAAUGAAUGAAUGUAUAUGUGAACUACUGCUGUAAAAUUUGCUGAUCCUUCUGCAACAACUCCAUGUCUCCACCUGAUUGACCAACACAAGAUCAGAGCCUGUAAUUAUCCACAAAGUCCUACUCUUCUCAAAAAGCAACAAAUGAGUGGAGAAGUUAAAUGCCAUGAAUUUAAUUUUUAAAAACUAAUUCCGUGGAGUUCCUUGAUGGCUCAGAAGGUUAAGGAUCUGGCAUUGUCCCUGCUGUGGCUCUGGUUGCCCCAGGAACUUCCCUAUGCCUCGGGCACAGCCGAAAAAAAAAAAAAAAAAUUCCAGGGAAUUGUCUGUGGACUCAAAGGCAGCCUACCUCAUGGUUCUCUACAUCUACAUCUAAGAUCCUGGUGGUCAAAAGCAUGAACCUGGGGAGAGCUGAAGUCAUCAGUAGCUAGAAGAAAGGCUAAAUCUUUCCAGAGAGUCAGUAUCCUCUUGCUGGCCUGUCAUUGCUCAGAAAUGUCCAAUUUUAGAAUUUUCUUCAUUCCUGCUAUCUGCCUUCAGGUUUAGAAAUCAUUCUUUCCACCUGUUCUUUUUUUGCUCAACCAAACUCAGGUCUCUCUGAUUCAGAGUCACCAUGUUGCACAACCCCAGUGCACAUGCUCACAGCUCUGCUCCAAGCUCGGCGCAUUCUUAGAAAUAAGUCUAACAGAUAAAAAUUUUAAAAAUUCAUGCUUGUACUCCGUGACUGCUGGGCAAAGCAUGCAUUGAACCAGGAGUGUUGCACAUUUCAACUAAUAUAUUGUUAACCCAAAGGGGAAAAAUAGAAAAGAUGGCAUUUGAAACUUUUUAGAAAAGAGAGGAAGAGCUAUUUGAUCUGAUCCUGAUGAAAUUGCUGCUUAUAAUAAGCCUGGCAAAAUUUUUAACAUAAAUAAUUCCUGGGUUUUAAGUAGACUAUUUAAUGAGCCAGAUAUCCCAUUUCCCUAACAUUGUAAUUUGUUGAGGUUUAUGUGCAUAUGUGUGUAUCCGUGCAUAUGUAUGUAUAUCAACACACAUACACACACAUACACAUGCACACAUGCAUGGACACAAAUUGAAGGAAAAAAAUACCUCAAUGCCAAGUGGCAGAGUUUAUAUAAAAUAAACACACAAAAACUACACCACAAAAAAUUCAAUUUGUUCACUUUGUAUAUAGUUUUCACUUUCAUUAAUAUUUAACUAUAGCAUUCAGUUAUGCAACUAUCUAAAAGUCAUAAAUGUAGAGGCUUUGACCAAGAUACUAAGUCAACAGAUGCCCCAAAUUAGCUUUGUACAAAUAUUCUAAAACACCAUCAAUGAUUAAGAAAUAUACUAAACUCUAUCAUUUGAUUUUAAAACACUUAAUCAGAAAAAUGAUAUGUAAGACAUUUAUGAGCUUACUGGUUAAAUCAAAUUGCAAAACACUUUCUUUUUGAAACUUUGAUGUCUUUUAAAUUAGUCAUUGCUUCCACUGUGAACUGAACUAUGUAUGCAUCUCCUUCUCAGACCAAACCUACAAUGGUAUAUUAUUGGUAAAUUAUUUAACAACUGGCUCUCCAGGAGGAAAUAAAUCCCUGAGUUGUGUCAUU